AUGCCAUAUACCCGUUCUAACUGUAUCAUAUUUGUCUUAUUUUUAUCUUUAAUAUAUUCAGUGAAAUUGUUAUGGUGUUUGAACUUGCUUCCGCAAGAAAGGAUGUUGAAAGUUCGAACUCUUAGAGAAGCUAAUAGUAGCAAUACUGUAUUAGAUUUUAUUGGAAUAGCUAAAGAAUUUGGAUACAAAGCAGAACAGCACAAUUUAACAACAAGCGAUGGAUACAUACUGCAGAUAUUUAGAAUUCCAAAGGGAAAAUUUCACUACCAAGAAGAAAGAAAUGGUAAACCAGUUAUUUUAUUAGAACACGGGCUUCUGGCUUCAGCUGACAUUUGGGCGGCGCUUAGACGAUCUCUUGUGUACGUUCUGGCUGAUGCUGGGUACGAUGUCUGGCUUGGAAAUGUCCGGGGAAAUUGUUACGGUCGUGCUCAUAAAACUUUGUCACCUGAAGAUCCUAAAUUUUGGAAUUUCACUUUUCAUGAAUACGGUGCAAUAGAUUACGCAGAUACAAUAGACUAUGUACUUGAAACAACGAAUAAAACUACUCUAACUUACAUCGGUCAUUCAAUGGGAGGAACUUCAAUUGUAAUAUUACUGUCUGAAAAACCAGAAUUUAAUGAAAAAUUGAAUGCUGUAAUUGCUCUAUCGCCUACGGUCUACUGGAAGAAGAAAGACCCUUUGAGGAAUUUAUUUACAAGCACAUUUUAUGGAAUUGGACAAAUGAUUGACCCCACUGGUAUGUCCGAGUUCUUGCCUCAAAGCACGUUGGUCAGAAACUUACUAACGGAUUAUUGCGAAACUUUAAAUCUUGUAGAUGCUUGUAUUCUUAUAUUGAAAUUGUUUAUUGGAUUUGAUGAUGACCAAAUGGAUAAUAAUGAAAUGAUAUAUUUAUCAAAUUAUUAUCCAGCUGGAACUUCAACAAAAUCAAUGUAUCAUUACUGUCAAUGUGCAAUAACUGGUGAAUUUAGUAAAUAUAAUUACGAUAAAAAUAAUAUUAAUUAUUAUAACCAAGAAGAGCCUCCAGCCUACAAAGUUAAAAAUAUAAUUGCACCUAUGGUAAUUUUUUACGGUGAAAAUGAUCCACUGAGCACUUUGGUAGACAACAGAGAAUUGAUAAGACGCGUGACAAGUAAUGUCACUCUAAUAAAAAUAGACUACAACAAAUUCACUCAUUUGGAUUUUGUGAUAGCCAAAGACGUGAAAAAGUUCUUCUAUGCAAAACUUAUUGACGUACUAUCAAAAUAUAAUUAA